CGAUAAUUUCUUUCGUGAUGAUUCGUUCCCGGCCGCUGAAUAAUGGGACACAAACAAAUCGGGGCCUUUAUCGACAACAUUUCUUUACCUUAUAUGAAAAAUUAUUGACCCUGAGUAGAUUUCGUGGGGUGCGAGGAGCCCACGUGCUUCGAGCGCACAAUCGAAUUUAGAAAACAAUUCGUACAGCUAGCACUUACUAACUGUGUCGAAUCCGAAAGAUUGAAAGUCAUAGAGAUGGGCAUACGAACUCUGGAAUAAUUAUUAUCAUUAAAACAAAACGAAAAACCAUCUGCAAAAUUUUCCAAAAUGAGCAAAUGUUCAAUAUUAUAUAAAAUAUUGAACAAAAAUUCAUAGAAAAACUUUUUCUUUAGUUGGGUUAGGUUUCCUUUUUAUUUACGGUAAUAAACAUUUCAAGCUGAAUACAGGAAUUGAAGAUAUCGUUUUUAUAAGUAUAAAUGUGCGCUCGAUGCAGCCUCCUAUAUAAUUUGUGCGCUCGAACCACCGUGCCCUCGACUCAAGUGCGCUCGAUGUACGCAUUCGUAGAUUUUUCUACCAUCACUGCACAUAAAUUUCGUAUUUGUGAAAUAAUUUGUGACCCCGUUUUAUCAAAGGAAUGCGCCUGCUGCAGGUAUCUUUUAGAAAAAUUUACCCGCGCUACCACAGAAAAAACCAAGGCAAAAAGAAGGUCUCUUCAUUUUGAUGGAAGACUCAUAUUUUAAGAAAAGUAAGUAGCUUGGAUAAGCUUUUAAAAAAUUGUGCGCGGUUUUCUGGGCAAUAAUAAAGAUCUCAAGUUCGAAAAUCUAAUAGAAAAAAUGUUACACCAUUACAGAAAUCUUGGAUUCAACAUGUGCAUGAAUGUACUUCUCUUUUUCUUCAUAAUUUUUUUAAAAAUUGAUUAAAAUUUCAUCUUUUGUCAACUAUUCAUUUUCCUUCAUACAUCUCUGUACACGUAAACUAAUUUUGAAAUCAAAAUUUGUAUUGUUCAUGUGCGAAAAAAAGUGUUUUUCUUCAUGAAAUUCAUAUAUUGAAAUUAGAGUAUGAAAUUGUACAAAAUCUAGACGCAAUGGAGAUAUACGAAAAGCAAAUAUAGAAUCAGUUCAAAAAAGAUUUCAGAAACAGCUAUUGUCAUUGAAUCGUCUGUAAAAAAAUUGUCGUGUAAAUAAUCUUUUAGCGUAGUACUUUAUUGUAGGUUUGAAGUCAACUACUGUCGUCAAGAUAACUUUUUCCCUUCUAUCUUCAGAUUAACUUUCAUAAGCUUCAGCAUCAUUAGAGCAGACAUAGAUUUUGCAAAACGAACCUGAUCCUUUAUCUACGCCCAUGACAACAUAUCUUGUUUCAUUUAUUCAAAUUCCACUGAUAAUAGGAGAUGAGACCGUAAUAGUUAUUUGAAUGUUAACAAAACAACAAUAAACUGUCCAUUAAAACAAAUCAUUGUUAACUUGUAGUCAUGUCAAAGUUAUUGUGUAUUAUUAUAUUAUACUCCAAUUUGUGUGCCAGUACAAAAAUAGUGAAUUUAAAUGGAGAAUGGAUUGUUAGUGAAGAUACGAAUCAAUAUAAAAAUAUGAAGGCGACAGUGCCUGGUGGAAUAUACAGUGAUUUAAUGAACAAUGGUAUAAUCGGAGAUAUUUUUUAUGGAAAUAAUGAUGUCGAAUUGAAAUGGAUACAAAAUUUGAAUUGGGUUUAUUACAAGAACGUUUCUAUUUCAUCCGAGUUUUUGAAUCAAGAGAAUGUUAAUUUGAUAUUUGAGGGUUUAGAUACUUUUUCUUCUAUAAUAGUGAAUGGUAACAAAGUUGGUUCGUCAGAAAAUAUGUUUGUACAAUAUAUUUUUGAUAUAAAAAAAUAUCUCAACGCAGGAAUCAACGAAAUAGAAGUUCAUUUCUCCUCUCCGGUGAAAGUAGCCAAAAAAUUACACGAAGAACAAUCAAAAAAUUAUACAAUCCCACCAACUUGUCCUCCAUUAGAAUACAACGGAGAAUGCCAUGUUAAUAUGAUAAGGAAAAUGCAAUCUUCUUUUGCCUGGGAUUGGGGACCAUCAUUUCCUUCGAUAGGAAUUUGGAAAAACGUAUAUAUAGAAGCUUAUAAUGAUUCAGUCAUAAGAUACGUGGUUAGUGAUGUCAUUGAUAAAGAUACAGACCAUUGGACUCUCAACGUUGACAUAUAUAUGGCAAACAACAAUAAAAAUCGAGUAACAGGUAGAGUGAAAGUUGAUUUAGAAACAAACUUGAUGAAUAUAACGAAAAUUAUUGAAGUGAAUGGAAAACCUGACGAAAACGGUGAGAUUAUGAUCAAUGUUGAUAUGGAUAUUUUGAAAGCUUAUGUGAACAGCUGGUGGCCAAACGGAUAUGGAGCGAGUAAAUUAUAUAACUUUGAAGUAACUUAUGUGAAUGAAGAUAAAUCAGACAUUAGUAUCAAGAAGAGUAGAAUAGGUUUUCGAAAAAUCGAACUAGUACAAGAAAAGCUUGAUUUGGGUUUGACUUUUUACUUCAAAGUUAACGAUGUACCGAUAUUCAUGAAAGGCACUAACGAAAUACCCAUAGAUAUUUUACCAGAGAAAGGGCAAAAUAAAACAAAAGUAAAGCAACUUCUUUUAGCCGCUCAUGCUUCUCAUAUUAAUAUGAUAAGAGUUUGGGGAGGGGGUGUAUAUGAAUCGGAUUAUUUCUAUGAAUUAACAAGUGAAUUAGGUAUUUUAAUCUGGCAGGAUUUUAUGUUUGCCUGUGCGAUGUAUCCCACAACCGAUUCGUAUUUGAAAAAUGUCGUAGAAGAAGUAAGACAUCAAGUGAGAAGAUUAUAUAGUCAUUCGAGUUUGGCAGUAUUUUCAGGUAAUAAUGAAAAUGAGGGAGCUCUUCGGCAAAAUUGGUAUAAUACAGCACAAAAUUACUCUACGUACUACGAGGAUUACGUUAAAUUAUAUAUUACCACUAUAAAAUCUGAAUUUCUGAGAAUAACUCAUAACAGGGGUAUUUUCAUCACGUCUAGUCCUACCAAUGGUAAGAAGUCUGAUAGUGAAAACUACGUAGCUGAAAAUCCAGGUAGUUCACUUUACGGCGAUGUCCAUUUUUAUAAUUACAUACUGAAUCCCUUCAACACAAAUUUUUAUCCCACACCAAGAUUUUCUUCAGAAUACGGUUAUCAAUCAUUACCAAGUCUUCAAUCUUGGUUUACUGUUACAAAUAAUACAGAAGAUACUAGUAUCAAUAGUAUAUUUAUGAACCAUAGACAACAUCAUCCUUUAGGAAAUUUGGAACUAAAAGCCCUAUUGUUGUAUUUUUUCGCCGUACCAGAAGAAUCGAAUAAAUAUUUCAAUGAAGCUUUCAUUUAUUAUACGCAAAUAGCGCAAGCAUUUGCCGUGAAAAUAGAAACAGAACAUUAUCGUAGCUGUCGGAGCUCGUUAGAGGAAAACGGAGAAGGAUAUACAAUGGGAGCUUUGUAUUGGCAGCUUAAUGAUGUGUGGGUGGCACCUUCUUGGUCAAGUAUAGAUUAUCUAGGUCGGUGGAAAAUGCUGCAAUAUCAUAGUAUGGAAUUUUUCGCUCCGGUAAUAGUAACGAGUCGUUUGAAAGUAGACCGUACUUUGGAAAUAUACUUGAUUUCAGAUCUACCAUCUCCGUUAAUGAAUUUGACCAUUUCUAUCACUGUGUACAAUUGGAAUUCCUGCGAACCGGUGAAUGUUGAAAAUCUCACUAAAACUAUUGAAAGCGGAUCGUCUCAAAAUAUCAAAACCUACAAUACCGACGAUUAUUUGUCCGCUUUAGGCUGCGGUACUCUAUCUAGUGCUCGGACCAAUUGUUUUUUCUACCUUUCUGUGACAAAAAACGAAGUUAAAGUGUCACCUGAUAAUUUCGUUUUUCCAGACGCAUUAAAAGAUUCAAAUAUUACUACUGCCCAUGUUAAAAUUGAUGACAUCAGGAAAAUUAGUGAUGCUGGUGUGUUCAUUAUUGAAAUAAGUACAGAUCAAAUCGCUUUAUUCGUGUGGUUGGAGUCUCUUGAUAUACGAGGAAAUUUUUCAGAAAAUGGAUUCUUGAUGGUACAACCGAAAAGAGUUGUUUUUUUCAAUUCGGAAGAACAAACUUCUACCGAAUAUUUGUUGAAAACUAUCACAAUCACUCAUUUAUUGAACCAAAAAUAUUUCACCAAUGAAUAAUGAUGUUUUUUCAUAACCUCUAGAUUUGUAAUAUAUGAAAAUAUGUAAUAUAUUAUGCUAAUAAUAGUGA